UAUUUAAGGCACAGACCGCACGAAACGGGCACUAUUUCUGUGGCGUCGCGUGCUCAGUUCACCGCGGGUAUUCGCUCUUCGCUUUGUGGAUUGGAUUUUUGGCUGUUUUCCGCCCGAUUAAAAAAAAAAAAAAACCAACCGCUAUAUUAAUAGUUCUGUAGUUUAACCUGGAGCAACACGUUUCAAAAUACACAACUACUACUCACAACUGUCACAGCCAAGUUACAAAAGUGCUAAAUCCCAGAAAUAACCUAAGAGCCGACUAAAAACCGCGCAAAUACAUAAAAAAAAUCUUCUCCAAAUCAGAAACAAAAACUUGUGAAAAAACUAGAAUUAAAAAAGAUUUUUAAAACAAAUCAGCUAGUGCAAAAUAAACGGGAAGAAUUUUUUUUUGUGUCCCUUUUUUUGGUGUUUUUUCUCCGUCUUUCCCCUUCUUUGACGCAAAAAAAAGUGCGCAACUUGCUGGCGGCGGGAACGGAAUAGAAAUAGAUAUAGCCGAAACCGACUGGAAAGCAAAGGAAGCUAACCAAAUUGGAUUACAAUCAAUUGAAUAUAGACGGAUACGUGAACUAUGUUCAGCGAGACAGGCAUAUAACUCAGGAACUAAUAUAUAGAAAAAAAAAACCAGACAACAUAAUCGCAAUGGCCCUUUACCGCUCUGAUCCGUAUUCUAUAAUGGACGACCAACUUUUUUCAAAUAUUUCAAUAUUCGAUAUGGACAAUGAUCUGUACGAUAUGGACAAACUCCUUUCGUCGUCCACCAUCCAGAGCGAUCUGGAGAAGAUUGAGGACAUGGAAAAGGUAUUUCAAGACUAUGACUUGGAGGAGGAUAUGAAGCCAGAGAUCCGGAACAUCGACUGCAUGUGGCCGGCGAUGGCCAGCUGUUUGACCAGCGGAAACGUGAAUGGAAUGGAGAGCGGAGAGAGUGCAGCCUCGUCGUACAGCGAAACCGGUGCCGUAUCCCUGGCCAUGGUUUCCGGCACUUCGAAUCUCUACAGCGCGUAUCAACGAUCGCAGACGACAGAUAACACCCAGUCAAAUCAGCAGCAGGUCGCCACCAAUCCCGAGAACAUGCCGGUGAUCAUCAAGAAGGAGCUCGCAGAUCCGGACUACAACAUAGUCUGUCAGAAGCGCCUCCGUUUGAGUGGCGUUGAGAAGAAGUCGCAGAUCCAGGACGAUGUCCAUUUGAUACCGCCCGGCGGAAGUCUGCUCCGCAAGCGGAACAACCAGACGCUGGACAUCCGCAAAGCUGGCGAGCUUAGCGGCGGCGAUAGCAUUAAAUACCAGAGACCCGACACACCCCACAGUCUCACCGACGAGGUGGCCGCCACGGAGUUCAGACACAACGUCGACUUGCGUGCCUGCGUGAUGGGCAGCAACAAUAUCUCGCUGACCAGCAACGACAGCGAUGUCAACUACAUUAAGCAAAUCAGCAGGGAGCUCCAGAAUAGCGGCAAGGAUCCGUUGCCCGUGCGCUACAUACCGCCGAUCAACGAUGUCCUCGAUGUGCUCACCCAGCAUUCCAAUUCGAUGGGUGGCCAACAGCAGUUGAACCAACAGCAAAUGGACGAGCAGCAGCAGGCCAUCGAUAUAGCCACUGCACUGCACAGCACAGUGGACUCUCCGCCGACGACCGGCUCUGAUAGUGACUCCGAUGACGGUGAAUCGCACAACUUUGAUCUGCGCCACCAUCGCACUAGCAAAAGCGGCAGCAACGCCAGCACCGCCAGCAACAACAACAUCAUCAAAACCAAGAGCAACAAAAGCAACAAAAGCAGCAGCAACGGCAUGCUGCACAUGAUGCACAUCACCGAUCACAGCUACACGCGCUGCAACGAUAUGGUGGACGAUGGGCCCAAUUUGGAGACCCCCUCAGAUUCCGAUGAGGAAAUAGAUGUCGUGUCGUAUACGGACAAGAAGCUGCCCACAAAUCCCUCGUGCCAUUUGAUGGGCGCCCUACAGUUCCAGAUGGCCCACAAGAUCUCGAGUGAUCACAUGAAGCAAAAGCCACGCUACAACAACUUCAAUCUGCCGUACACGCCGGCCAGCAGCAGUCCGGUGAAAUCGGUGGCCAACUCGCGUUAUCCGUCGCCCUCGAGCACACCGUACCAGAACUGCUCCUCCGCCUCGCCGUCCUACUCGCCGCUGUCCGUGGACUCUUCAAAUGUCAGCUCGAGCAGCUCCAGUUCCAGUUCGCAGUCAAGCUUCACCACCUCCAGUUCCAACAAGGGACGCAAGCGAUCCUGUCUGAAGGACCCAGGCUUGUUGAUCUCCUCCAGCAGCGUCUAUCUGCCGGGAGUCAAUAACAAAGUGACGCAUAGCUCCAUGAUGAGCAAAAAGAGUCGCGGCAAGAAGGUGGCCACCUUGUCUGGCAACACAUCUCCGAUGUCGUCUGGCCAGGAUGUGGACCCCAUGGAUCGUAAUUGGCAGCGGCGCAGCGGUGGUGGAAUUGCCACUAGCACGACCUCCAGCAGCAGUGCCCACCGAAAGGACUUCGUUUUGGGCUUCGACGAGGCCGAUACGAUCGAGAAGCGCAAUCAGCACAAUGACAUGGAGCGUCAGCGCCGCAUUGGUCUGAAGAACCUCUUUGAGGCUCUGAAGAAACAGAUUCCCACCAUCAGGGACAAGGAGCGGGCUCCCAAGGUAAAUAUCCUGCGGGAGGCGGCCAAGCUGUGCAUACAGCUGACCCAGGAGGAGCACGAGCUCAGUGUGCAGCGCCAGCUCUUGUCCCUGCAGCUCAAGCAGCAUCAGGACCUUCUGGACAGCUACCGGUCGGACUUGAACAAAUCGCGCUCGGUUAGUGGAUAGUGUUGUCUCAUACUAUCGGCUUAAAGCGGCGGCGUAGAGCUAGGAGAACCCCAAUGUAUAUACAAGAUCUGUAUACCCUCCUAAUUUUUGGCGAUUUACUUUGAUUUAGCUUCGAUUCUUUCUUGACACUAAGCCCUAAAUAUGAGUUUUUGUGGAGAACUUCAAUAUCAGUUAGUAGGUUAUGUUUAACGAAUUGCUUGCGCUUUUUUUUCUUCUUUUUUUCUUUUUUUUUUUUUUACCAUACAAGGGGUUAGAGUUUACGAGUGAUUUAACAAAUUUGAUUUCUUCAAUGUGAUAUAUAUAUGAUUUUCUUUCCGCGCGAUUUGAUUUGGUAGGGAAGUUAACGAAAGCGGUUUUAUGAAAUCAAGUUGAAGUGUUUUUUUUUUUGCUGCAUAUAUUACAAUAUACACUACACGUAUGAUUAGAUUUAAUUACCAAUUAGCGGUCUGUAUAUAACAUAUGAAGUAGAAUAUCUUAAUUAUUUUUUUGAAUUAGUUACUUAACCAUGAAGUAAACAAAAAGGAAAACAUUUAAAAAAACACAAAAAUAAGGACAAAGAACCAAACAUUGAAAAGUGAAAGGAAUAGUUCGAAUGACAGACCUAGCGGAGAAACGAAACACAAACAAACUGAAGGGAAACACAAAAAGAGAAAAGAAAAACGGAUACGGAAAACAGACAAAAGUUACAACGAAAGAGCCACAAAGAGGAGAUAGAGCACACAAAGUCGGAAGCGAGAACGAUGAGAUAUAUUUAUAUAUAUAUAUAUCUAUAUACCUAUAUAUAGAAAUUAGUAUAGCUUAAAGUAGAACUUUUGGUUUCGUACCCCAAAAGCAAAAAGCGAAAUGAGCCGGCUUCAAAUAGUUCCAGACUUCUUGACGAAGCAACACGGAACACGAUUUAUUUCGACCUUGGUUCGCUAGUUUACCUAGAAAUUACCUAUUUAAACCAUGGACAUGUUUUUUACAUGCGUUUUUUUUGGGUCCUAUAUUCUUAGAGACGCAUCCUUGGAGCAGAAAAGAAACCCAAAUGCAUCUGCAUGCAUCUGCAUGCAAGACACCUCAAUGCUUUUGCUUAGACCCCCAGGUAUCCCCUGCUAUAACCCAUAUAUUUCUAUGUGUAUAUGGAUUAUAAAUAUAUAUACAUCUGUUGGACGACGCGAAGAUGAAAGAGAAACGCUUUUUAUAUACACCCGAAAACAAAAAACUUGAACUCUACUGCCUAUAUUGAGAAAAUACAUUUUAUUUGCUAUGAAGAUUCGAUUAUGAAUAUAGUUAUAUAUACGUGUGUAUAUAUAGAAACCUUUUUACAAUCAUAUUAUCAUUUUUUUUUUGCAACACCUAGGGAUAUAUACAUAUAUAUAUAUAUUUUUUAACUGAUAACUAUGCAUAUGAAAUGCGCAAAACUUAACGAAAACAAAACGGAAUUAAGGAAACAUUAAACUAUAUAAUAGUGCUAAGCCUACUAAUUAACCUCUCGAGAUAUAUAGAUAGGAAGAGAGAGGACGAAAGAGUGUAGAAUUUGGCUGCAAAGUUUGUGAUUGGAGUUAAGAGAAGAGACCCAGAGAGAUAUAUACACCCACGACCCAAGACCCAAGAAAACUCAAACUUUUGUGAGCUGUUUAACUGUCGAUUUUUUGCUAAUAAGUUAUAGCCUUCCGGCGAUAUGUUAUAUAUGAUUAACGAUUCUACCAAUUGUUUACACGCAUCUAAGUAUCAACUAAAUAACUACUACUACUAAACUAAAGGACAUGAAACAUACGGCAAAUGCAAAUGAAGUUAAAACCGCAUGCAAAAUAUGUAGAAAAACACGAACGGGAUUCUAAAGAAAUGUCAACUGUUAUUUAGGUUUAGGCACCAAUACCCAUGAUAUAUAUGGAUAUUCGAUUAAUAUAUAUGAUGACCAGAAUUUGAAUGAGAUCGGGGGAGGUUAUAUAGGUAUAUACAUAUAUAACGUGAAAAUUUCUAUAGUGUAGGGCGUCGUUUCAACGAAAUUUUUCAUGUGAGUUCUAGGCUAUAAUGCCUACUAUACCUAUACCCAGAUAUACAUAUAAUUCUUAUAUUUUUGUUUACUAGUAGCUUAACGUUCGAACACAUGAAAUAUUUUUUUUACCUUAUAAAUUUUUUUAAGUACGCCGCCGCUAAAACUUUGAAAAACUACCUACUUAACUCUUCAUUUUUUUAAAUAAAAAAAAAAACAACUAUAAAACAAUUGUUAAAUGGAAAAAAAUGAUAUAUAUCUACGUGGACAAACAAUUAAAGAGUAUAUUUUUUGUAUUGUUUCGACCAAAAAAUGUGUACACACUGUAAAUAGCAAUCUCGUUAAAUAAUAGUUACACACGCCUACAAAAUAGCGAACCCAAAACCCAAGAAAUGGAAUUAUUUUUAUAGAAAACACAAAAACCCGGAGAGAAAACACAAAGCAAUAGACUUAAGCGAAUUGUACAACGCGAAACGAAAACAAAACUUCAAUAAACCAACAAAAACACACACACACACUUAUAUAUAUAUAUACAUAUACAAAACCACACACGAAUGCACCUAUUUUCCUAUAGUACAUACAACCAGAAAUAGUUUGACGAAAAAAACCAUGUUUUCUUUCAAUAAUUUCAACAAACAAAACCGUACAAA